GGAAGGGUCCUCGGCCGGCUCAACUAGAAGACGAAGGGGGCGUCUCCUCGUCUUCCUGCGGCGUCGGUGGCGAGCUGAGGUGGAGGUUGGCUGCGGCAGCGACGGCGACAGUGGCGGUGGCGCCUUGGCAGGGCUCGCAGGAUCCCUGCUGCCUUGGUGAUCCCGGGCUGACAGCCAGAGUGCACAGCGGCUCAGCUCCUGGAGAGUGAGGGUUGAAGAAAGCGGAGGGCAGCCGUCUGCGCCCGCUGGCUCCCAUUAGAUCGGUUCCUGCAGCGGUGCCCGGUGGCCUUGGCGAAGGCCCUGCCCAGCAGAGAUCAUGUAUUGCCUCCAGUGGCUGCUGCCCGUCCUCCUCAUCCCCAAGCCUCUCAAUCCCGCCCUGUGGUUCAGCCACUCCAUGUUCAUGGGCUUCUACCUGCUCAGCUUCCUCCUGGAGCGGAAGCCUUGCACUAUUUGUGCCUUGGUUUUCCUGGCAGCCCUGUUCCUCAUCUGCUAUAGCUGCUGGGGAAACUGUUUCCUGUACCACUGCUCUGAUUCCCCGCUUCCAGAAUUGGCGCACGACCCUGGUGUUGUGGGCACCUAAUGGCCUGCCACUUAGCUUUCCAAGGGAAGCAGAAGACGGGAGGGGAGGCAUUGACAUAGGUCAUAAAGCAUUGGAGUUUAAAAUCCCGCAGCCCUGCGGGUGCCACAUUCCUGACGGCGCCUUUUUGGCCUGUGAUGUUUAUCCUUAUAAUGUGAAUAAUGGCACUGACCAGUGCUUUUAAUGUAGAGUCCUAUAGUCGUGGGUGGUCUUGUGGUUGUGUGUCUGUUCCCAUCUUGAUUCCGGCUGGCGGGAUGGCCACUCCCCUCGCCUCAUUCCUGCGAGGAGUCUGCGCCCAUCCUGGUCAACAGCCCUGGGGUGACCUGGACAGAUAAAAUACCAGUCUCAUUGUCACCUCUGGGACCCCUCCUUGUCAGGGUCUCCUUCCUUCCCUUCCCACAGUGUUAUUGAUUACUUAAUCCCUCUCCGGUUUCCCUUUAGUUCUCUUCUACCCCUUUCCUGUUUUGGGGAGCACCUGUCUAAGACAGGGCUCACUUUUGCACUUAUCUCGAAUUUGAAGAGAUUGCUGAUGCCCGAGAGCCUCGCUUUUUUGCCCUUUUACCCCCUGAUCAGCAGGCUAGACAGAGACAUGUCUUGACUGUUUGUUGUCCACAAAUCUCCACUAUUUUCUCCACUUCAUUUUUCAGAAAGAAGCAACAGAGAGAGAUGUUGCUCUUUCACCUGGGUAUCUGGGUUCAUGACUUCCCAGCCCAGCCUCACUUCCCUUGCCCUUCCUCCUGCCUGUCCUGAGGAGUGGGGCCUCAUUGUGUCUCCCGUGCAUGCUUUGCAGGAUUGAGGUGUGGUGUGUUCACAUAGAUCUAGCAGUCCCCAGCUGAGUGAAUGGGAGAGUACAUGUGUGUUGCAUAAUGGCCAUGAUCCCCUUGAUAGGUGUUCUGGAUAUUUUUUUGGUGAGCCUUGUGUGUGUGUGUGCGUGCGUGUGUAUGUGUGUGUGUACAAACGUGUGUAUUCCUUUUAAUGAAGCUUUAUCAAACAUGUUCUGAUUUUGAGGUUUAGCAGUAGCUAGUUAUAGUGGGUGCCGCUGCAGUUUUUAUUUAGCAUGGGGAUUACACAGUGACCAGCACACUGGACUCCGAGGUGGUUCAGACAAGACAGAGAAGAGCAAUGGCCAUCGUCCUCGCCACAGGAGCUUCUUCGUUCCUUUGCACAUAGCCUGUACCUUAUGAAGAAUACACAAGAAAACUUUGUGACUGUCACUUGCUUUUUCCUUUUUCUGCACUUCAGUAACAAGUGUUGGCAAACAAGACUUUCUCCUGGCCCUGCCUGCUGGGGAUCAGCAUGAUUGUCCUCCAGUCAGAACCAUCCAUCUUUUCUUGCCUGAUGGAGGAGGGAGGUGGGCCAGGCAAAGGACAGAACUGGAGGCACUCCAUCUAGGGAAUGGGACCGUGGGGCCACACUUGUGAAACAUUUGGACUGCUAUUCUGGAGCUUUUAUUUCUGGUGUGUUCGUUGCCCAGCUGUUUGAAAUGUUUAAUAAAGCUUUAUAAACUUUA